ACGGAUAAAGGAAAUUAAAAAAAAAAAAAAAAACCGAUAGAGGUGUUUGAUCCCUUCCCGCAAACUCAAUUCUCUUAAUAAGACAACACUUUUUCUCUUCAAGACACAAUUCCGAUUUCAUUCAUCCACACACAACACAACAACAUCAUAUUCAACCUCAACCAAACACUACCCACGAAUCCAUGUUUUUUUUUCUUUCUAUCUGACAUAAAAUCAAACACCUAACAGUCACAAAUCAAAUCAACCUUGUUCCAUUUCAUCCAUGGCUGCUGCUGCUGCGUUUCGAUCGAAGCCUUCAAACUACAAAGAUAAAGCAACCCUUGCGUUAUCUCAGUUGCGGUACUUCGCUUUCAACUACACAAACGCUGGUAAUUCUCACUCUCCACCUCGCUCACCGUUAAUCAACACUCCUUAUCACUUCACUUCCUUCAAACCCCUUUCUCUCCGUGGCGAUUUUGCUCACAACAACCAAAAGGGUCGUAGUAGCACCGCUCAUUUCGAUGACUCUACCACACCCGAUCAAAACCCUAAUCUUGUUCCUUAUGAUAGAACGGCUUAUAGGGUUCUUGUUUCUUCGUUUGGGGAUCCUCCUGAAGUUUGGUCCGGUGCUGGAAUUGUUGUUCGCCCGGGGAAUUCUGGUUAUGAUGUUUCUGGUGGCGGUGGAGGUGGUGGUGGCGGUGCUAGCUCCGGUGGUGAUUCUGGGUCGGCGAAUUUGAAAGAUGGGUGUUGGGGUGGGUCUAACUUGGGAGGUAGUUUCCCUACUCCGAAGGAAAUUUGUAAGGGGCUUGAUAAGUUUGUAAUUGGACAAGAGAGAGCUAAGAAGGUGCUUUCUGUGGCAGUUUAUAAUCACUAUAAGAGAAUCUUUCAUGAAAAGUCCAUGUGGCCUGCAGGAGAUUCAAGUAAUGAUGUUAAAACUGAUGUUGUUGACGACGAUGAUGAAGAAGUUGAACUUGAGAAAAGUAAUAUCCUUUUGAUGGGGCCAACAGGAUCAGGGAAGACAUUACUUGCUAAAACCCUGGCUAAGUUUGUAAAUGUUCCCUUUGUUAUUGCCGAUGCAACUACACUCACUCAGGCUGGUUAUGUUGGAGAAGAUGUGGAGUCCAUAUUAUACAAGCUCCUCAUGGCUGCAGAUUAUAACGUGGCAGCUGCUCAGCAAGGCAUUGUUUACAUUGACGAAGUUGACAAGAUUACCAAAAAGUCGGAAAGCCUUAAUAUCAGUAGAGAUGUCUCUGGUGAAGGUGUUCAGCAGGCAUUACUGAAGAUGCUUGAGGGAACGGUUGUCAAUGUUCCCGAAAAGGGAGCUCGAAAGCAUCCAAGAGGUGACAAUAUUCAGAUUGACACAAAGAAUAUACUUUUCAUUUGCGGAGGAGCCUUCAUUGACUUAGAGAAAACAAUUUCUGACAGGCGCCAAGAUUCUUCUAUUGGAUUUGGAGCACCUGUACGUGCAAAGAUGAGAGCCGGCAGUAUCACAGAGGCAGCUGUUGCAUCAUCCUUAUUAGGAACUGUUGAAAGCAGUGAUCUUAUUGCAUAUGGCUUAAUUCCUGAAUUUGUUGGACGGUUUCCUAUUCUUGUCAGUCUGUCAGCUUUAACUGAAAAUCAACUCAUUCAGGUCCUUACAGAACCGAAGAGUGCUCUAGAGAAGCAAUACAAGAAGACAUUCAAAAUUAAUGGAGUGAAACUACACUUUACGGAAAAUGCUCGCAAAUCAAUUGCAAAAAAAGCAAUGUCUAAAAAUACUGGGGCUCGGGGCCUACGUGCAAUAAUAGAGAAUGUUUUAGCAGAUGCCAUGUAUGAGAUUCCCGAUGUCAGAACAGGCGACGAUGUUAUAGAUGGUGUUGUUGUUGAUGAAGACUCUGUUGGACUUGGAAGUGAAGGCCUUAUGAAAGGCGCUAAAAUCCUUUAUGGUAGAGGUGCAUUGGAUCGUUAUCUUUCCGGGGAGAAGAACGAUUCAGAGACAGUGGAGAUUUCCGGUGGAGGAGAUCAAGAAGCAGAAACAGAACUUCCUUCCAUUGUUGCCAGCAUGUAAUCAAUCCUUUGCUGGUAUUCAUUGUAGUUUAUCUUUGUACAUAAUAACUAGUUGAUACAUUUAAUAAAACAAUAUAAAGGGUAAGUAGAUUCAGAUUGCCCCACAUGGAUUGGGUCGAAAUCAAUGUACUAUAAGAGUAGUUUCAAGAGUGGCCUCCCGAGGUUAGUUUCACAAAAGCACAAAUCAUAGUGAGAAUACCUUACUCAUUGAUGUAGUUUUGGGGCAACACUGGUGGAAGGGACUAAAUGUAUAUCACUCUAUAAGAUUCCUGUUCUUUAUUUUGUUAUAAACUCGGCCAUUUGACUUAA